AUGUCGGAAAGCAACCGACUAUCGGAUGACGACGGCGAGGACGAUGAGCACCCACAUCGGGAAGAAAUCCCUUCCGAGGAGUCUAAAAAUACCCCCAUCCAACCGAUGUACUUAUCGGACACGGAAGAUUCCCCCUCCCCCGCUCCCAAUCCAAUUCAACAACCCUUUAGAUUCGGCAAUUCCCUCUCAACGUCUGAAACUCUUUCCCAAAAAUCAAACCAGGCUAAUCCCUCCUUAGAAAAUGAUUCAAUGUUGCCGAAAUCUGCUCCUCGCCGUCGGGUUUACCAAAAUGAAUCGACGGGACCCUGGGUAGUGUACUUCCGGUCCAAAUCGAAACCUCUAAACACAAUUUCAAUUUCCCGAACCCUCGACCGAUCGUACUCUUCCGUAGUCAGCUACCAGCCGAUGAGUCGGAACAAAAUGCGCGUUGUUGUUGGUAGCUUGAAGGAAGCAAACGCCAUUGCUUGUGACGAGAGGUUUACGAUCGAGUACCGCGUUUACGUUCCCGCUCGUGACGUGGAAAUCGACGGAGUGGUAACCGAAAAGGGCUUGACCGUCGAUGACCUAAUGGAAUCAGGGGUUGGCCGAUUCAAGGAUCCUGCUCUUCCAACGGUCAAGAUUAUGGAAGAGUACUUGCUCAAGAUUCAACCGUUUGAUCUCGACAAUAUUCCGUCGACAGAGUUACGACAAAGAUGGCUCGAAUAUAAAAAACAAUUCACCUAUAUCUCGAGUGCUAUGAGCAAAAAGAAAAGGAAGAAGUUGAAGAAUAUCUUUUUGGUUGUAGCCGGUCGUCAACUCCAAAGAGUUUACGAAAAUCUUCCUCCAAGGGAUAAUGUUGAGAAUGAUGAAGAAACAGAUGAGUUCAAGAUUCUCAUCGAUCAGCUGGACGGUUAUUUCGCACCAAAGCAGCAUGAUAUGCUCGAACGGUAUACUUUUGGUUCCUUAGUUCCAGACGCUGGGGAAACGCUUGAUAAGUUUUUAUUGCGUGCCCAAGCCGAAGCGAACAAAUGUCAAUUCGGUUCGACCACCGCCGAGAGUAGGGAAAUUGCGGUUAUCGAUAAGUUGUUUAAAAUUAAUUCUGUCGACGAAUCUAACGUGGUUGCUCAUCAAGUGCCCGAAGUCAUGGCUGGAAGUGGAUCAGUCGGAGGUGAAGGUGCCCCCUUUAUAUGUGCUAUUGGAGAAAACCAUGAUGAGCUAAUAUGGUGUCGGAUUGGUGGCAUUACUGUUGAGAUGAUGAUAGACUCUGGAUCGAAAUAUAACAUCAUCGAUGAGUUCACUUGGAAAUUCCUUCGAAACCGUAAUGCUGAGAUCUGCGCAUUGGAACCUUCGAGCAAAUGUUUAACGGCGCAUGCUCAAACAGUAUGUUUAAAUGUUGUUGGUUCUUUCGAAGCUAACAUAUCUGUUGUGAGUGACAAGAAAAAGACUUGUUUGAGAACUGCAUUCUACGUGAUCAAAGAUGGGAAGCAAAAUUUACUGGGACGUGAUUCAGCCAAGCAGCUAGGAGUUUUACGAAUUGGUUUGCCGAAUACGUGGGAAUCAAAUUCCAUUAAUAAUAUUCCAGAAGAUGUUCAACAUUUUCCAGUCAUUAAAGGGGUCAAAUUACGGAUUGAAAUUGACAUUAGUGUAACACCCGUCGCCCAGCAUGUGCGACGAGUUCCCAUAGCUCUUCGUCAGAAAGUUGAGGAUCAAAUUCAGAAAUUAUUGCAUUCAGGGAUAAUCGAACGAGUAGAAGAACACAGUCCAUGGGUUUCGCCAAUGGUUGUAGUCAUGAAGGAUAAUGGUGAGGUGCGUUUGUGCAUCGACAUGCGCAGAGCGAAUACGGCCAUUAAAAGGGAAUACCAUAUGAUUCCUACUCUUGACGACCUUUUAUCCAGGUUAAAUGGUUGUUGCUGGUUCUCGCGUCUUGAUGUUAAGGAUGCAUAUCACCAAGUGGAACUUGAUGAAUCAUGCCGUUAUAUUACCACUUUCAUUACGCACCUAGGAAUGUUCCGAUACACGAGGCUAAUGUUUGGGAUCUGCAGUGCAUCUGAGCAUUUCCAGAAGAUCAUUGAGCAGAUUUUAGCUAGUUGCCAGAACUCGUUCAAUUAUCAAGACGACAUUUUUGUCUACGCAAAAUCGUUGGCUGAACAUGAUGCUGCUCUGGAUUCUGUUCUGAAAGCUUUGGAAGAGCGUAGGGUGGUUCUCAAUAUUAAAAAAUGCAAAUUCCGGGUCAAUGAGACGGUUUUUCUUGGUCACCAUAUAUCGGGCCAAGGAAUAAGGCCAUCCAGCGAGAAAGUCGUUGCCGUUGAGAACUUUAGAGCUCCUAGGACGGCGGAAGAAGUCAGAAGCUUUUUAGGGCUAGUUGGAUAUGUUGGUCGGUUUAUCCCAGACUUAGCUACUAGAACAUUUGAUCUUCGACAGCUGUUGGUGAUGGGACAAAAGUUUGAGUGGCUGGAGAAGCACGACACAGCUUUUAGGAAUUUGAAAAAUGCAGUUUGCAGAGCACCUAUUUUAGGAUAUUUCGACAACGUUCGGAGGACCAGAAUUGUGACCGAUGCUUCUCCAGUGGGCUUGGGGGCUGUGUUGCUACAGUUUGAAGGGCAAUCGGAUACCGUUCCAAUAGUCAUCUCUUAUGCUAGUAAGAGCUUAUCGCAGACAGAACGUCGUUAUUGCCAAACAGAGAAAGAGGCGCUAGCGAUUGUUUGGGGAAUUGAAAAGUUUCAAUUGUUUUUACAUGGAAGGGAAUUUGAGCUGGAAACUGAUCAUAGACCGCUCACCGCAAUUUUUAAGCCCACUUCACGUCCUCCUGGUCGAAUAGAACGAUGGGUACUUAGGCUGCAGUCGUUCAGAUUUCGAGUAUUAUAUAAGCCCGGGAAGCAGAAUAUUGCGGAUGCUCUUUCGAGGUUGUCGGUUUCGGCUGACUCAGCUGAUGUGGACGAUUCGGACGAGGUUACUUACGUUAACUCUUUGAUAGAGUCGGUAGCGGUUGACAUCGCUGAAAUAAGGGCUGCAAUACUUUGUGAUGAACAAUCAGUAUAUCUUAAAGAAGCCAUCGAGUCGGAUAACUGGUCGGAUGACAGCGUAAGUUCAAGGAUUAAGGAGUUUGUUCCUUUCAAAGGCGAAAUUUAUGUCGUCGAAGGAGUAAUAGUUCGCGGAUCUCGAUUAGUAAUACCAAAAUCUUUACAACCACGAAUUCUACAACUGGCGCAUGAGGGACAUCCUGGCGAAACAGCAAUGAUACUGCGUCUAAGGGAGCGUGUGUGGUGGCCUGGGAUUGACAAGGAUGCCAGAGCGUUUGUGAAGAGUUGUGAGGGAUGUAGAUUAGUCGGUAGGCCUUCAGCUCCCGAACCGAUGAGACGAAGAAUCAUGCCAGUCGAACCGUGGAUUGAUAUCGCGAUAGAUUUUCUUGGCCCUCUUCCAACCGGAGAAUACCUGUUGGUAGCCGUAGAUUAUUACAGCCGUUAUAAAGAAGUUUGCGUUAUGCGGAGAAUUACUUCCGAAGAGACUAUAAAGGAGUUAGAACCGAUUUUUGUGCGUUUUGGUUACCCUAGAACAAUCACCCUCGAUAAUGGGCGACAAUUCAUAAGCACUGAAUUCGGGAAUUAUUGUAGGUCUAGGAAGAUCGUGUUGAACCAUACAUCUCCAUAUUGGCCUCAAGCAAACGGAGAAGUAGAGAGACAGAAUAGAUCUCUCCUAAAACGUUUGAAAAUUAGUCAGAUUUUGAAACGAGGCUGGAAAAACGAUCUGCUUGAAUACCUUGUUAUGUACAAUUCAACCCCUCAUUCGACUACUGGAAAACCUCCUUCCCAACUUCUACAAAACAGGUCGGUACAUUACAAAAUCCCGUCUCUAAGAGAUAUCGAAACAACCCCGCCGAUUGAUCCGGAAGCUUGCGAUAGAGAUCUGGUGAAUAAAUACCAUGGGAAAGAACGUGAAGAUAACCGACGUCACGCGAAACCUUGUGGGAUAGUUGAGGGUGAUCGCGUAAUAGUUCAAAAUUUAAUAUCGGGAAACAAACUACAGCCCACCUUUGCACCCACCCGCUACGAAGUCAUAAGGAGAAAGGGGAACCAAGUUGAGAUUAAAGACCAGAAUGGGAACACGUUUGUACGGAACACUGCACAUCUUAAAAAGGUGUCGGCAGGUGAUGACGGUUCAGGUAUCCAGGUUGAACCAGUGGUUUCGCAGGGUGACGGUUCAAGUAUCCAAGUUGAACCAGUGGUUUUGCAGGAUCAACAAAUGCCAUCGGAUCAGCAAAGGCCAUCAAGAUCAGCUAAUCCACCCUACUGGCACCAAGACUUCGUUUUUGACUAAUAGUUUUAGUAAUAUGUUAAUUGUUGUUAAAACAAAGGGAGAUGUGGUAGUUUACAAAUUUGAAGAAUGAUCGAAGCAAUCGGGGAAUCUCGAGAGCGGAGAGUU